AUGAUAAAAAGAAUGGACACUGGAGAUAAAUUAGAUUCCAUAUCUGACAGAAUCAAUCGCAGGGAUUUGCUCAAUAUCAACAACGACUACAAUGCAUCAUCCAGUGAUACUGAUGAAACGGAGUCAUCCACUUUGGAGAAGGACCCAGCAGACUUGUCUGAUGUUACACCACCAAUAUCGGGAGUUGCUGAGCCUUCAAAUCUGUCUGGUGAUGGAUAUUUCAGACGAGGGUCUGGCACAAACGUUUCGAGAUCUACUGGCAAAAAGACACCCAGCAGUCCACUCGCCAAUGGCAGCCACGUAAGAUCACGAAAGUCACAUGCCUCGAGAUUGCCUCGUGUAGGUAGCAGUAGUCUGGAUAUAUCCGACUCAGAUAUUACGUUGGGUGGCUUGGUAAAGUACGUUUCUGAGCAAGACCAUCAACGGCUUUUAAGGAGAAAAUCCAGGUCAGAAGAUGGGACAACAAAAGAGAAGAAAAAGAAGGAAAAAUAUCGCUUGAGAUUCGGAGACUUGUCAUUCACGGGUAAAAGUACCAUUCUUGACUCGCAGGAAUUCAUCAAAUCAGAAUUUUACGGAUUUUACAUCUUGUUUUGGUUAUCGACUGCUUUUGCCAUGUGUAACCAACUUGUUCACAUGUACUUUGAAAGCUAUCCACCGUUUUGGAAAUGGGAAAUUGUUCAGAUUUUAGAACGUGAUAUAUUUAAAGUUGGUUUAACUGAUUUGGCAAUGUACUUAACCUCGUACUUCCCAUUAUUUCUUCAAAUUCUCUGCAAGAGAGGUUGGAUCAGCUGGAAACGUACUGGUUGGGUGUUGCAAAGUACUUACGAAACCGCAUUUGUUGCCGUAUAUUUGUGGUUUGCUCACUACAUGCAGUAUCCAUGGAUUGCAAGGGUGUUUCUUGUGUUGCACAGUCUUGUGUUCUUAAUGAAGAUGCAUUCGUAUGGCUACUACAACGGAUAUUUGUGGACGAUUUUCAGCGAGGGCUUGUUUCUGGAACGAUACUUUUUUCAGUUGCAAAACAAUGAAGUCGAACUCCCCGAGGGACAUGAUUUGGACCACACUAUUGGUAUAUUAAAAAGCAGUAUCGAAUUUACAAAGUAUGAAUUGGAGUACCAAUCCCAAGCAACUACAAAUAAGCCAGAGCAAGACGAUGGGAAAUAUGAGGGUAUUGAGAUUAACUACUCAUUUGCCGAAUUGCAGGAGCGAGGUUUGAUUAAAUUCCCUCAAAACAUCAGUCUUUGGAAUUAUUUUGAAUAUAGUAUGUUCCCCACGGUGGUGUACACCAUUCAAUACCCCAGAACUCCCAAAGUCAGGUGGCACUUUGUGUUUGAGAAAGUUUGUGGGAUAUUCGGGCUUAUAUUCCUUAUGGUAUUGGUCGCCCAGCACAAUUUGCUUCCAAUUGUUAAACGAGCUGGUGUAGCACGUAAGCUCCCAGUACAAGAGCGUGGUGGUCAAUACUUUUUCAUUUUAUUGGAUAUGAUCCCACCAUUCCUCAUGGAAUAUUUGUUCACUUUUUUCCUUAUUUGGGAUGCUAUAUUGAAUGCGCUUGCUGAGUUGACGUUGUUUGCAGACCGUAACUUUUAUGGUCCUUGGUGGUCCUGCACUGACUUCUCCGAGUUUGCCAGGCUUUGGAACAAGCCAGUCCACAACUUUCUUCUUCGUCACGUUUAUCACUCGAGUAUAAGUGCAUUGAAAGUAAACAAGAUUCACGCAACCUUGAUCACAUUCAUCAUAUCCAGUGUAGUUCAUGAACUAGUGAUGUAUGUAAUUUUUGGAACCUUGCGUGGCUAUUUGUUAUUAUUUCAAAUGUCGCAGAUCCCAUUGGUUAUGAUGACGAGGUCCAAGUUCUUGAGAGACAAGAAGGUAUUGGGUAAUAUAAUUUGUUGGUUUGGAUUUAUCAGUGGACCUAGUAUUAUAUGUACAUUAUACCUAGUGUUUUAG